UGGUGCUGGAGUUCGUGCCAGGCCCAGGAAAUGCCAUCUUUGAAAGCCGAGAGGCGAAUUCGCCCCGGGGAGCCGAGAAGGUCUGGCCGCCGCGCUUGGCUGGCCCCCCACCGGCUGUGCGCCCCCUCGGCGGCCGGGGUCGCGGCGGCGCUGGGCCCUCCCGGGUGGCCGGCCGCUCGGGCUCCGCGGGUCGCGUCCCCCCUGCCCGGCUCGGAGCGCACGCCCACGCCUCGCUGCCGCCGCCGCCGCCGCGGCGUCCCGGCCGCCCGCCCGGGACGCAGCCCCACCCGGCCCGGCCUGCGGCCUCCCGCCCGCGCCCCACCAGCUCUGGAGCUGUAGCCCUGCCUGUCUUCACUACAUUGUCCCAGCCCCUACAACAGCACCUGGCACACAGGAGGUGAUCAAAAACGAUUUGUUGAAUGAAAAUGUGGACGAAGGGAUGGAGCGGCGGCAGGAAUCAUCCUGUCCGGACCAGAUGCCCGAGGGUCCAAGGGCCCUGUCGGCCUAGGGCCAUUCGGCGGCAGCCGGCAGCACCUGGGGCUUCACUUCGGUCCUUGUCCCCGAGUCUCACGUCCGCGGGUAGCGCCCCUGCAAAAGGGGACCCCCGAGCGUCGCGUCCUGGGAAUUUCAACCCAGCCAGGGAGUCCCAGGAACAGGACCCGCCCCGCGCCCCGCCCCAUCCCCGGACCUCCGGCAGCGCGCAAAACCUGGAGCUGCAGCGCCCGCCCGGCACCCUCUGGACGGCGGGGAGCGCACUGGGCAUGCUCGGAGCCGGGCGGGGCCCGAGUGCCCGGGAGGAGGAGCCUCCCGGUAAGGCGGACGGUGCCUCCUGCAGAGGUCAGUGGGGGUGGGGGGGAGGACCCUCAGCCACUCGGUUCCCGCCCCCAAUUAGGGUGGGGUCUGGAGGCAUUUUUUUCAAAGCCCAGUGGGAAAGCUGGGAAUUCAGAAGCCGUGAAAGACAUUCUCCGUCCUCUCCCAGCCGCUGUGUGACCUGGGGUAAGCACCUUACCCUCUCUGUGCCUCAAAAUAAUGUGAAUACCUACCGCUUUGAUCUGGGCGAUGUGUGGGGAAUGAAGGAAAUCAAGAACGUGAGCAUGUUUAGGCCACUUUAAAGAUCCAUCUCUUGAGUGCCUGCCUCAAUUAUCGGUCAUCCUCGUACCAGUUUGUUAGGUGCUGUGAUGAGGAAGCCGAGGUUAAUAAACGUGAGAAUUCCUGGAGUUGUCCCAAUUUGCCUUCCACCAGAGACUAGGCUGAAGCUACGUCUUCUUUCUACCCAAUGGACAGUCAUUAGCUUAUACAAUGU